AUGCCUGAUCUACUCAUUUCUCCCUUUCUUAGAUCAAUUUUGGCAACCUUGAACUCUUUAGUGCUAAAAGAGUUUGGGAUAGCAUGGGGUUUGAAAACAGAGCUAGAGAAGUUAAAGAGCACACUAAGUACCAUUCAAGCAGUCCUUCAAGAUGCAGAGACAAAGCGAGGGAAGAGCGAGACUCUGAAGAAUUGGCUGAGAAAGCUCAACGACGUAGCUUAUGAUGCAGACAAUCUGGUGGAUGAGUUCAUGAAUGAAGCUAUGAAGAGAAGGCUGGAUUCUAAGAGAGGCAUAAAAUCCCAGGUGAGAGCCACUUUCGCUCUUCUAAAACGGCUUAUAUUUCGGUUGAAAAUGGGGCAUAAGAUCAAUGAUAUGAAAGAUAGGUUAGAUGCCAUUGCAGGGGAGAAAAAUAAGUUUCACUUGAGGAAAGGUGUGGAAACUGAACAAGUUUGUGGAAUGGAGAGAGAACAAACUAGUUCAAUGGUGAAUGAAUCUGAAAUUUAUGAGAGAACUGAUGAGAAAGAAAUGAUAAUUGAAAUGUUUCUCAAUAAUUCGGGUGAUGAUAAUGAUGUUUCGGUCUAUGCUAUGUGUGAGAGACUAACCAGAGCAAUCCUAGAGUCCAUAAAAGGUGGUGGGUGUAGUAUCUCAAACUUGGAUCCACUUCUACGUCGCCUCCAAGAAAAACUGCGUGGGAAGAGAUUUUUACUUGUCUUGGACGAUGUAUGGAAUGAGUACCAUGAGAAGUGCGAUAGGCUAAGAAAUGCACUAAAGUGUGGAGCUAAAGGCUGUACCGUUAUAGUAACAAGAAGGAUUCAGAAAGUUGCUCUUAUCAGGGCUACACUUCCUAUACACCGCAUGGCUUGUCUAUCGGAGGAUGAUUCUUGGUCCUUGUUUAAACGGCGUGCAUUUGGCAACAAAAGAAGAGAGAAAAACCUUCAAUUGAAUCUCAUUGGGAAGGAAAUAGUGAAAAAAUGCAAAGGGUUAGCCUUAGCAAUAAAAGCUUUGGGAAGCCCCAUGCAAUUUAAAAUAAGUGAAAGUGAAUGGUUAUCUGUGAAGGAGAGUGAGAUUUGGGAUUUGCCAGAUGAUGGAAGUGGUAUUUUACCUUUUUUGAGGUUGAGCUAUGAAGCCUUACCUCCACAUUUGAGGCAAUGUUUUCCUCAUUGCUGUAUAUUCCUGUCAUGA